GAAUCAAAUCAAAUGUCAAGUGAACCAUUUAUUACUCCUAGUUUUUAGUUCGUGGCGAUGCACCAAAAAUUAUCCUUUCUUUAAUUAAACAGCGAAGCAUCUCGUGUCCAACGUUUUCAUUCUGGAUCCACGACAGAGACCCUGAGAUUUCGGAGUAUUGAAAUUCGAAACAAAGAAGAAGCAAAUCAGCAAUGGCGGCCUUUAUCGAGCUAGAAGAUUCCCCUAUGUUUCAAAAGCAGAUAUGUUCUUUACAGUACACGGCUGAUGAGUUGAAAGAUCGCUGUCAAACAUUAUACGAAGGAAGUAAGAAGUUUAUGACAGCUCUUGGAGAAGCAUAUAAUGGGGACAAUAGCUUUGCUGAUUCUUUAGAAGCAUCUGGUGGUGGACAAGAUGAUCCCAUUAGUGUCUCCAUAGGAGGACCAAUCAUGACCAAGUUCAUCAAUGCAUUUCGUGAGCUUGCUGGCUAUAAGGAGUUGCUUCGUUCACAAGUUGAGCAUGUGUUAGUUGAUCGGCUAAUGCAUUUUAUGACUGUUGAUUUGCAAGAUGCAAAGGAGUCUCGUCGGCGGUUUGACAAAGCUAUAAAUACAUAUGAUCAGGCACGUGAAAAGUUUGUGUCUUUGAAGAAGAACACACGAGGAGAUAUUGUUGCUGAGCUAGAAGAGGAUCUACAGAAUUCAAAAUCUGCUUUUGAGAGAAGCCGCUUCAAUUUAGUAAAUGCACUAAUGAAUAUUGAAGCAAAAAAGAAGUCUGAGUUUCUGGAAUCUAUAAGUGCAAUUAUGGAUGCCCAUCUGAGAUAUUUUAAGCUGGGGUAUGACUUAUUGAGCCAGUUGGAACCAUUUAUUCACCAGGUAUUGACAUAUGCUCAGCAAUCAAAAGAAUUAGCAAAAGCUGAACAAGAUAGGCUUGAAAAACGUAUUCAAGAAUUCAGGACCCAAUCUGAGAUAGAUACUUUACGAGCUUCUACUAACAAAGAGCCUUCCACAAGUACUGGUGGCAUUCAUGUUAUUGGCAUGAGUUCAGACAAAAACAUAGAAGCGAUCAUGCAGUCCUCAACAAAUGGGGAGGUCCAGACAAUCAAGCAAGGAUAUUUGAUAAAACGUUCUUCAAGUUUGAGGGGAGAUUGGAAGAGGAGGUUCUUUGUACUCAAUAGUCAAGGAACUUUAUACUAUUAUAUGAAUAAGGGUACCAAAAUGGGUUCUCACCAUCAGUAUACUGGUUCAGCUGAACAAAAUAGUGGUGUAUUUGCUAGAUUUCGUGCAAGGCAUAAUAGGUCCUCAUCAUUUAAUGAAGAAACUUUGGGCUGUCAUAUUAUUGAUCUUUGUACUUCAACAAUAAAGAUGGAUGCAAAGGAUACAGAUUUGCGGCUUUGCUUCAGAAUUAUAUCUCCACUGAAAACUUACACAUUGCAGGCUGAAAAUGGGGCAGAUAGAAUGGACUGGGUUAAUAAAAUAACUGCAGUUAUUACAUCUCUUUUGAAUUCUCAUAUCCUGCAGCAGCAUGUGGAGAAUAAUGCUUAUGCUCGCAGAGCUUCUUCUAAUGCUAGGUCACCUAAUAGCCUUGGUACUUUAGAGAUUGACCAAAUAGGCAACAGAGCAGAGCCCGUUUCUGUGGUCCUCAAAGAAAUUCCUGGAAAUGAUGUUUGUGCAGAAUGUAGUGCUUCUGGACCUGAUUGGGCAUCCCUUAAUCUUGGCAUAUUAUUAUGCAUUGAAUGCUCAGGUGUUCACCGUAAUCUUGGUGUACACAUUUCAAAGGUGAGAUCUUUGACAUUAGAUGUCAAAGUGUGGGAACCUUCAAUUGUGGAAUUAUUUUGUACUCUGGGCAAUGCUUAUUGUAACUCUGUAUGGGAAGGUUCACUCGUUAAGAAUGAGAGAGUGGAUGAAUCAAAUGCUAUUGGCACAUCAAUAACAAAACCAUGUGCCAAAGAUGCAAUAUCCAAUAAAGAGAAAUACAUUCAUGCUAAGUUGACUGGAUUUCAGUCAGUUGGGAACCUCUUCUGGUAUAGUUGCCUCCUUCAAGUAAUUGUGUAUGUAGACAAAUUGCUAAUCAUCAGAGAUGCAAUGCAACCCAGAGUUCCUUCUAACUCAACAGACAUCUGGCAAGCUGUUAAGACUGAUAAUUUAAGAGAAGUAUAUCAUCUAAUUGCAAUAUCAGACACCAAUAUCGUAAAUACCACCUUUGAUGGUGUUUUUAGCAUUGAGUUGUAUCACCUUGUUGUUGAUGCACAAGACUCAUCACUUGAUAGCCACAAAGAGGAAAGGAAACAGUAUGAUCCAUCAGCCUGUCAGAGAAUCAAGGAUUCAAAUGACCCGGGGAAUUGUCUGCAAGGUUGUUCGUUGUUGCAUCUGGCAUGCCACUGUGGCAAUCCAGUGAUGCUUGAGCUGUUGCUGCAAUUUGGUGCUGAUAUAAAUAAGUGUGACUUCCAUGGCAGGACUCCUUUGCACCAUUGCAUUUCUCUAGGGAACAAUACAUUGGCAAAGUAUCUACUACGAAGAGGCGCACGGUCAUCGAUUAAAGAUGGUGCGGGAUUUAGUGCAUUAGAAAGGGCUAUGGAAAAGGGAGCAAUUACAGAUGAGGAGCUGUUUAUUUUGCUCACUGAAAGCUAGAGAGAGAAACUUGGGUGCCCCAAAUUGGUAAGCCUGCUUCUCUCCCUUGGUUUCUCACUUAUGUUGGCUGCUGUCGCCUCUAGCAUAAUAGGAGUUUUCUGUCCUCUUCUAAUCUGUCGACUUUGUUACUGAAUUGUUUCUCCUAUAUUUCAAACUAAUAUAUGUUAUUCUUUGCAAUGUGGAAUGAUUA